GGUUGCCGGGAUCGCUGGCCGCUUUGGUUAAUGUCCGCCAUGUUUGCCAUGGCGCAGGGAGCGGAUCGAGCGACCCCGGCGCGGAUCUAGGGCUGCGGGCGGCUCUUCGAGGGAGCUGUUCCGGGGCGGCGGGGCUCUCCAUGGUGUGUCGGGCCGGGGUCGGGAGCGGCUGGGAGGCGGCGGUGAGGCCGUAGUGAGGGUCCCCCUCGCCCCCCCCAGCUCCCCCAGCCCGGCCCCGGGGUGUUAUUGUGAGGGGGAGACAAUGAGCAAACUCUCCUUCCGAGCCCGGGCGCUAGACGCCGCCAAACCGCUGCCUAUCUACCGCGGCAAGGACAUGCCCGAUCUCAAUGACUGCGUCUCCAUCAACCGUGCCGUGCCGCAGAUGCCCACGGGCAUGGAAAAGGAGGAGGAAUCGGAACACCAUUUGCAAAGAGCAAUCUCAGCACAGCAAGUCUUCAGAGAAAAGAAAGAGAAUAUGGUUAUUCCAGUUCCUGAAGCAGAAAGCAAUGUCAACUAUUACAGUCGUCUGUACAAAGGAGAAUUUAAACAGCCAAAGCAGUUCAUUCAUAUUCAACCCUUUAAUCUGGACAAUGAACAACCUGAUUAUGAUAUGGACUCGGAAGACGAAACAUUAUUAAAUAGGCUUAAUCGGAAGAUGGAAAUCAAACCACUGCAAUUUGAAAUUAUGAUAGACAGGCUUGAAAAAGCGAGUUCUAAUCAGCUUGUAACACUUCAGGAAGCUAAGUUGCUGCUAAAUGAGGAUGAUUAUCUUAUUAAGGCUGUCUAUGACUACUGGGUAAGGAAACGUAAGAACUGCCGAGGGCCAUCCCUCAUCCCCCAAAUCAAACAAGAGAAAAGAGAUGGUUCUACCAACAAUGAUCCCUAUGUGGCUUUUCGGAGGAGAACUGAGAAAAUGCAGACCAGAAAGAAUCGGAAAAAUGAUGAAGCCUCUUAUGAGAAGAUGCUGAAACUAAGACGAGAGUUCAGUAGAGCCAUAACAAUUUUAGAGAUGAUUAAAAGACGAGAGAAAACAAAACGAGAGUUACUACAUUUGACAUUAGAAGUUGUGGAGAAAAGAUAUCAUUUGGGUGAUUAUGGAGGAGAAAUACUUAAUGAAGUUAAGCUUAAUUCAACUGAGAAAGAGAUCAACACCACUCCUGCAGCACUUCAUAAUGGAAAUCACCACAAAGUUCAGGAAUGUAAAGUUAAGCAUGCUCACCAUUCAUCUCUAAAAGAGGAAGUGUCUGAUGUUGUCCGUCAAAAGAAGAAGUAUCCAAAGAAGCCUAAACUUGAGAGUGUAAUAAGUCCUCAGCAGUCUACUACUGAGCCCUUGCCUGUGAUCAGUAAAAGUGAUAUCAAACAAUAUGACUUCCACAGUUCAGAUGAAGAUGAAUUCCCCCAGGUAUCCUCACCAAUAUCUGAGCCAGAAGAAGAAAAUGAUCCUGAUGGAGCCUGUGCAUUCAGAAGAAGAGCAGGAUGCCAAUAUUAUGCUACUCAUUUGGACCAAACUAAUUAUUCUCAUGAAAAUUCAGAACUGGCAGAAUUGGAUAAGCUAAGAUAUAGACAUUGUCUCACAACACUUACCGUUCCAAGAAGAUGUAUAGGAUUUGCAAGAAGACGAGUUGGGAGAGGUGGAAGAGUAUUAAUGGACCGGAUAGCCACAGAAAAUGAUUUUGUCCUGAAGCAGAUUGAUCCAGAUAUGCUAAAUAGUUGUUCAAGCUCUUCCCAAAAUAUAGACAUUUCUUCUAAUUUUUCACGGACCAAUGCUUCCAAUAAACAUUGUGGAAAUAAACUUUCCCUUUCUGAAAUACUAAGCAAUAUCAGGUCUUGUCGACUGCAGUGUUUCCAACCAAGGCUACUGAACGUACAGGACAGUGAUAGUGAAGAAUGUACCUCAAGGAAACCAGGGCAGGCUGUGAAUAAUAAAAGAGUUUCUGCACCUUCUGUAGCUUUAUUGAACACCAGCAAGAAUGGGAUUUCAGUAACUGGGGGUAUUACAGAAGAACAGUUUCAGACACAUCAACAGCAGUUAGUUCAAAUGCAAAGGCAGCAACUUGCUCAGCUCCAGCAGAAACAGCAGUCUCAGCAUCAAUCCCAACAGACAUAUCCAAAAGCACAGGGCUCAAGCACUUCUGAUUGCAUGUCAAAAACGCUUGACUCGGCCAGUGCCCAUUUUGCUGCAUCUGCAGUGGUGAGCGCACCCGCUCCCAAUCGGGGUGAGGUGACAAAGGAACAGAGUGCCAGCCACAAUAUCAACGGUGUUGUUCAGCCAACAGCAACAUCAAAAACUCUGUAUUCCACCAAUAUGGCUCUGUCAUCUAGCCCAGGGAUCUCAACUGUACAACUUGUAAGGACAGUCGGUCACACCACCACAAACCAUUUAAUCCCAGCAUUGUGCACAAACAGCUCUCAAACACUUCCUAUGAACAAUUCUUGUCUCACCAAUGCAGUGCACCUCAACAAUGUCAGUGUUGUUUCUCCAGUCAAUGUACAUAUCAAUGCAAGGACUUCAGCACCAUCGCCAACCGCCUUAAAACUUGCCACAGUUGCUGCCAGUAUGGAUAGAGUGCCAAAGGUGACUCCAAGCAGUGCCAUCAGCAGCAUAGCAAGAGAGAACCAUGAACCCGAAAGAUUGGGUUUAAACGGAAUAGCAGAGACUACAGUAGCAAUGGAGGUGACAUAACCUAACACAGUAGCUCAAUGUGUGCUGAUGGUGUCAUUUAUAUUCCAGCUGAAUGCAAAACAAAACUCUGUGGAUCACAGGGGAUUAAAAUGGACCUAAACGGACUAUCAUAUCGUAUAUUAAGUCGAUAUAUAAUGUACAUUUUGUAAAAUUGGGAAAAUCACUACCUUGUAAAAUAGUUUAUUUGUAUCAUCAAUAUUAUUUCUGUUACUUGAAUAGUAGAUAUUCAUCAUCAUGCUUUUGCACUUGAAUUUGCAACUGAAUGGAUUUAAAAAUAAUUCUUUAAAUGGGAUCAUGAGCAUGAAAUGGGAUCCUGCAUCACUUGUUUUAACUAUUUAUUUUGCCAUGUUUACAUUUUGUAUCUUGUAAAAAAUAAAUCCAACUUUGUGUCUAAAAAAAGUUAAAGAUUCAUAGCUAGGAAAAAUUCUUGUAAUUUUUUUCUAAAGGAAAUGUAAAGUUUUCACUUGGUUCAUUUUGUUUCACAAUUUUAGAUGGACUUUUUGGUAAAUACUUUAGUGGCAUUUCACUGUCAAAUAUGAAGUUCAAGGCAAAAUAGUAUUUUCUAUUACUGUGCAGGGGAAAGGGAUGGAUCGAUACAUGCAAAUUUAAUGUAGUAACCCACUUUUCCAUAUAUUUUGAAUGUAUAUUUCUAUUUAUAAUACCAAUUUAUAAAAAAUAAUUACACAGAAAACCUGACUAGUACAAAUUAUGCAUCUAGCACAUAUUAAACUGUGCAGAUAUGAAGAAAAUUUUCAACUGAUUAUAUUUUAUCUGAAGUCUGCAUAAUUUAACCGGCUUUUAACUGUAACACACCACAUAAAUGAUAUUUUACCAGGUAUGUAUUGCAUUAUAUAUCAUUGCAAUAAUUAUUGGAUGUCUAGAUAUCGAGCCAUCCCAGGUAAUGGGGGAGGGGGGAGGGUCAUGGCAGAUUGUCUUUCAAUUUUGGAAAGUUUUCCUGUGGCUACAAGGCAAGUAACGGGUUGGAAAAAGUCUGACUGUAAGCGUUGGACACCUUCGUAGUGUAGUGUUUUAGUGACUUUUUUUAUACGGUUCUUGUAAAUUAGAUACGUGUAGUGGUGUUUCAGAAUGUUUGUUUAUGCACUAGUUCAGACAACUUUCCCUGUUACUUGUUCUUGAUAAGUGAAAACUGCAGGGAAAUAAAAAUACAUAUCAAAACA